AUGCCUUACGGAUAUCGCUCCGCCACAGAAUAUCGUUUCGACGAAGACCAGGUUGAUGCCAUUAUUCGCACUGCCGCCUACCACCGCAAAGACUUUUGUCUCUCUGUGAUCUGGUUCUCGCCAGCUAAACAUGUUAAUAUUCGUCAGUCAAUAGCGACACCCUUCCAGCAGACUUCGAGUGCCGGACUCGGAUCCCUCGAUCGACUACCACUGGAGCUCCUCCAUGAUACGUUGUUGCGCCUUGAUGUGUAUUCUCUGUUCAAGUUUCGACAAACGAAUCGCCGAUCGCGAGAGGCAGUAGACUCCCUCAAGCAGUACCAGAUGAUAGUCUUGCAUGGACUGAACCUUUUCUGCGCUUUGUUACGAACACGACUGGCUGUUGGCAUUUCUCUACUCGACUUUUACAAUGCCCUAUGUCUCAAGUCUUGUAGUCUUUGCGGGGAGUUUGGCGGGUUUAUGUCUCUCCUAACAUGGAAGCGAUGCUGUUUCAAAUGCCUAAAGGAGGCUCCCGAGACUCAAGUGCAAACUCUUUCCGCAGCCCGAAAGGAAUUCCACUUGACAAAGGUUGAUUUGAGCCAACUGAAGUCAUUCAAAAUCUUGUCCGGCAUAUUCGAUGGAGGAAUCUGUACCCGGGAACCCCAAACAACGGGUCAAGUCUACGCAACGAGCUCAGAGCGACGUAGAAAAUUCAACUUCAUGGGAUCAUGCGCACUUCCUUACUAUGAGAAAGUAAGUGGCAAUGCCGAACACGGAAUCUCGUGUGCCGGUUGUCAACUUGCUCUCGAAAAAGAUAUCAUUGGCAGCAAGGGCGAGAAAUGGGCAUCCGAGUCUCGGGAUAAAGUAUAUGCACGAGAUGGCUUUUUGGAACAUUUUAAAUGGUGUGAACAGGCACAGCUGCUGUGGGAAUCGAGUUGCGAAGGCAACAGAAGGCCAGCUGAGCUACCAGAGGGUGCUCGGAGAGGCGGCUACUUUAGUGAGAGUGUAUAA